AUGGAGAGUUCGCAGUUCUGCCACUGUAGCUCUCCUUCAGCCGAAGCGCUGAGCUGCCGGAUCUGCUGUAAAAGUCAACAAGGGUUGGAAGGAUUCUGGAGACCUUGGAUCGCCACCCCCAAAGAUACCGAAAGGCAGUUCGGACAAAACCACAUUGCGCUGUGCAGCCUUCCUGAAAUUUCAAGGGAAUCAGCAAAACUUACACAGUAUACACACCCAGUCAGAUUAUUCUGGCCCAAAUCAAGGUGCUUUGACUAUUUGUAUCAAGAAGCUGAAGUGCUGCUGAGAAACUUUCCUGUCCAAGCCACAAUUUCCUUUUAUGAAGACUCAGAGAGUGAAGAAGAUAAUGAAGAGCUGGAAUAUGACUCUUAG